AUGCGUUUCUCUCUAUCUUUGGCUGCGCUGCUGGCAGCAGGCCUCUCAGAGGCACAAUACCUCAUCAGCGAGCUCAGUUUCGGUCAUGCUGGAAGGAUAAGUCCCCCCGAAUCCCGCGGGGAGAUCCCCAACUUUGCCCUCCAGGGCAACCCCCAGAUGCCAGAGGUUCUCUCCAACCGCAUCAUCCUCACGCCUCUCGCCCCCGGUAACCAGCGCGGUGCCGUCUGGGGUCAGCAGCCUCUGCUCCGCAACCAAUGGAUCGCCGACGUCGACUUCCGAGCCAACGGGCCCGAUCGCGGCCGCGGCAACCUCAACAUCUGGCUGGUCCGCAACGGUCCUGCCUCUAUCGGCUCCGGCAGCAUCUACACCGUCGGAAAGUUUGACGGUCUGGCUCUUGUGGUGGACACACACGGCGGCGCGGGCGGUAUGGUCCGUGGUUUCCUCAACGACGGCACCGUCGACUUCACGAGGCAGAGCAACGUCGAUGAGCUGUCGUUUGGUCACUGCGGUUACAACUACCGAAACCUGGGCCGACCCUCGCAGAUCAAGCUCCGACAGACAUCCACUUCGUUCCGCGUCGAGGUCGACGGCAACCUGUGCUUCGAGUCCGGCAGCUUCAGCAUCCCUACUGGCUACCAGUUCGGUGUCACGGCCGCGACCCCCGACAACCCGGAUUCGUUCGAGGUCUUCAAGGUGGUGGUCAUGGCCGACAACUCGGACUCGGCCCCCGUCCGCAACAACGACCCCCCCAAGCAGCAGCAGCAGAAGCAGCAGACGCCCAACAAGAGCCCCCCCAGCCGAGGCGCUCCCCCCAAGAGGGAGGUCCCUGAGGGCGAGUACGCCGACGAGGACCCCGAUAUCUUCCAGACGUCCAAGACGCAGUUCAUGGACCUCCACAACCGCCUCCAAAACACAAACCACCAGCUCUCGUCUCUGCACCGCACCUCGUCGCGCCACCAGCAGGAGGACGUCAAGCGCCACGAGGAGGUGACCAGCCUCAUCGGCCAGCUUCGCGCCGACAUGCGCAAGCUCGACGACAUCACGGCGCUGCAGACCCGCGUCAUCGAGCUCGAGAAGGAGGUCAAGGGCCUCCGCAAGGACCUCACCCGCAAGCUGCAGUCCACCGAGCGCUCUGUUCGCGACGUCCUCUCGAGCCACCACAACUCGCUCUCCCAGGCUGUCAUGGCCAGCACCCCCGGCCACCGCUUCCUGGUCCUCUUCUUCCUCGGCACCCAGCUCGCCCUCGUUGCCGCCUAUGUCAUCUACAAGCGGCGGCGGGCCACCAUGCCCAAGAAGUACUUGUAA